AUGAUAAUGAGUGAAUCUUGCUGCAGAGUAGUCUUCCUGGCAUACAUCAUUCUGUUGCUGACGGAAUCAAUCAAUGCCUUUACCAAUCAUCAUCUCGGAAUCACACAAAAUGCCAAGCAUCACUAUUACCAAACCAAUCGAUGUUUUCCUUCGCUUUAUUCUAAUAAGGAUGGGGAGAAUGGUGAAUCCGCAUCGUCAUCCUCCAUUCGAUUCUUGGGAAAGGGUAGCAAUGCCAUUGUAAGACCAGGAGUCGUCUUGGUGGCUCCUGCAGAUGAAUUCCAUCACUUUAUGCGGGAAUCCGCUGUGUUCAUCUAUGGCAUGGGAUUGGAUGACUACGAUGAAUAUGUCAUUCGAGGUGUCAUUAUCGAUCAUCCGACAGCCUUUACAAUUGGAGAAAUGAUGGACGGUGAAGAAGAUGCCAAAACUGCUCCGGUGUAUAUGAAUCAGCUUUUCCGUGGAGGCGACAUGGGUGGAGAAUCAGCCUUUAUGCUCCAUUCUGACGAAACGAUUGCCAAGACGGCGGAUCAAGAAGAAGUCGGAACCUCUGGAAUCUAUCAAGGAGGCUUUGAAUAUGCUGUAUCUAGUGACUUUGACACCAACAAGGCAAAGUUCUUUUUUCAUUUUAUGGAGUUCACCGAGCAGGAACUAGAAACCAUGCUAGUGGAUUCAGAAAGUGACGGGGAUCCUUGGGUUUCCGUCGAGAUCCCAUCGGACAUGGUUCUCAGCUCGGAAUACGAUCGUGGGGAGGCAUGGGCCCGCCUUCGAAACCUCGUCAGGCAGUAUAAAUGA